AUGAAGUUCAUGUUCUUCAAGGCUGAAGCCAUCCAAGGGAAAAUUUUGACAAUCUAUGAGAUGCUUGAGUCACAACAGCCAGAUAUAUUGAUAAUUACAGAUACUCAGUACUCAUAGAACCAAGAUAUUCAGUUCUUUGGUUACUAAUUCUUUAAGACUAUGAGUUCAAAGAUGAGUGGAGUCAUUAUUCUCGUAAAGUAUCAAUUGAAAGCUCAUUUAGUAGAAAUGUACAAUGAUUCACAACUCACUGUUGAAAUAUCAAUUGAUAAUUAAAAGUUGUUUGUACUAGCUGCAAAUAUGUUCAUUGAAGCUGAGUGGAAAAGUUUUAAAAAUUUGGUCAAAAAUCUUAAAGAUAUAUACUUGAACCCUAAGGUUGUAAUUUGUGGGAAUUUCAAUAAAUUCUACUACCAGCUUCAAAGAAUUAAAUAAAAGUACAAUUUUAACUGGGCUGAUUAAUUGACAGUGAAUUAAGAAAUUAUUCCGCAAUUUAGAGAUGAAAUAAAUGCACUUGUUACAUCAGAAGACAUAGUAGAAAUGAAAAGACAGAAAUAUGAUGGAAUAGCUUCUGAAGUUUACUAAUGCUUGAUCGCUUUGAAUACGUAUAAGAAGCAGGUUUUUAUCGGGGAUAGAGAAUUUUACUCUAAAAAGAGAGUAAGUCAAUUUCUGAGAAGAAUGUAUAAUUUUAGUCUGACUAAAGAUCCAUCUUAUAUAAUUAAAAAAAGUGUUUAUAAGACAGUUGCUAGUACACAUGUUUUUAGACCCUAAUAAAUGUUUAAUAUGCCUUAUGAAAAAGAUUGGUUUUAAAAACGAUCUUAGUUUAAAGAGAAUAUUUGGUCAAUAAAGUUGCAAAAAAUAGAUAAAGCUCUCAGAUUUAAGAACAUUGAUAUCAAUAAAUUUUACAAUAAGAUUUAAAAAGCUAUUAAGCAUGGUAACUUUUGUGAAAAUGCUCAUGGUACUUUAGAUGGGCGAGGAGUUGAAGUCUAUGCCAAGCAUUAUGGAUAGAUUUAUAGUGAUCCAAGUCUUGAGAUUUCAAAAAUCAUGGACUCAAAAAAUUUGCCUGAUCAAAUCCUAAAAGAGUUCUUAGAAAGAGGAAUAUAAAAUUUGAAAAUCGGGCAAGGAUUAUCUCGAGAUUUGAUCCCAGAUGAUUGCUUUUCAAAAUAGCUUCUUAUAGACAAAGUCUUUUAUGAGAGAGACUCAAUAUUUAAUUCAGCUGAAAGAUUAAGUGUUGCUGAGAAGGCAAAGGCAUUGAUAAUAUCUAAAAAUAACAAGUGA